AUGGCCGCGCGACGCCCUGUGCUGUUCGUCCUUGCCGUGGCGGCAUGCGUCUGGCUGUUCUCCGCCAGCGCUCCUGAAGCAGAGGAGGUCUUCGUGGUCCAAAGCCCUGCCCUUCGUGGCCAGGCAGGUGCCUUUGCCGGCAGCAGCAUCGAGCUCGCUGCGGUGGAAUCACCGGUGGUGCUGAAGGCUCUUCCGGAGCCUCGCCCCAACGAUGCCAUGCUGCCGGCAUCUCUUGGCCUGACUUCUCUUUACUGGGGCUUGCUGCUGAUCUGCAUCCUCUCGGUGCUCUUCUCCAGCUACUUCUUCAACUGA